AUGUCUCCUGCACUCUACAACUACCUGUUUAUUCUUCUAAUAGUCCUCCCUAAAGUGUGUAACUGUCUUCAUGCAGGGUUCUCUCAGCUGGUGAGAACACAACAGGUUGUCACAGCAACCCUGGGAGAAGAUGCAAUCUUAAACUGUGAGCUCAUGAAACCCAAAGACGUGCGGCAAGUCACCUGGCAAAAAAUGACAAGUGGAGCGAAUGAAAAUGUGGCCACCUACAGUAAACGCGGUCCCAAUGUCAACCCACCUUUUAAGGGGAAAGUGGAGUUUGAAGACGAGGGACUGCAGAACUGCUCUAUCAUCAUCAGAGGAGUGUCAAGAGGAGACGAGUCCUGCUACAAGUGUCUGUUUAACACCUUUCCAGAUGGACCUAUCAGCGGAACGACCUGCCUCCAAGUCAAUGAGCUGUAUGGACCCUCACUCCUCAUCACACAAACCAACAACAGUCACACCACUCUGUCCUGUUCUGCUACUGGACGACCUGCUCCUAUAGUGACCUGGGAAGACACAGAAAUUCUAGAACAUUCCACAAUGGCCAAUGUCACCCAUCUCAAUGGAACUGUCAGUGUCACCAUAACUUCCACGCUGGCAGCAUUCAGUCUACCUGACAAAGACACCAGGGUUGGCUGUAUGGUGUCACUGUUCUCUGCGGGUGUCACCAAGAACAUAUCCAUGGUUAUUCCAGCUAGAAUUCAAGCUCCAUUUGCUUGUUUACCUGAGGUCACUGAUGGUGACAGGAUCAGUGGUAAGACAACAGUGAUUGGUGCAGUGAUGGGUUCACUGUGUUUCAUUGCUGUGUGCUGUGGAGCUGUGGCACUGUGGUGGUGCAAACAGAGAAAUAACAUGAGAAGCCCAAAUCCCACAGCCCAUGACAGAGAUCAGGAAGAACUAUCAACAGUCAACCCUCAACAUGAUGACCCUGAAAUCUAGAGGUCUGAUCUAACAGUAAGACACAUAUUCUAAUUAACAGUAGGGUUUAUAAUUUCAAGUAGACAGUGUUUGUACUUACUGUAGGUAAGAAAUAGAGUAGAAAACAUUGAAUUGUUUUGCCACCGGACGACCUGCUCCGAUAGUGGCUUGGGACCACACAGAACACGUUGCUUUGGAAAAGUCUACCAUGGUCAGUGUUACCCAUCCUAAUGGAACUGUCACCUGACAACUACUGCAACAGUGUCCAGUCUACCUUACAAAGACACCAAGGUUAAGUGUGUGGUGUCUUCUUGUGGUGCCACUAAGGAGGUUUCUAUGGUGAUUCCAGUCAGUGAUCAGUUCUCAUUGGCUGGUGAAAGAGGCCAUGGUUUGUCAAUACAUACAUAAUCAUUGGCAUGAUUAUAAACAUGUUGGCAUGCUGAUGACCGUGUUUGCAUGUGUUUGUAUUGUAUGUGUGUGUGUUUAUGUUUUGUGGGCUAGGUCAAUCUCACAUCUCCAAUAUCUGGAUCAGUGGAAACUCAGUGAUUCUUAUUAUUAUAGUGCCAAGUCAUAGUCAACCUAUUUCAUUAUUUUAAUAGUCAACAUAUUUACCUGCCCUCUUAUGCUUUGCCUGUGAAUCAUACCAUUGUACUGGUCACUAUCAAUAUCUUUUAUCCACAGGUUCAGUGAUUGGUUCAUUGUGUCUCUUUAAUGUAUGAAAAUAACAGGUAAUGUUAUUUAUAACAUAUCAUGUUGUUUACCCAAACUUACCUUCUCCCCCCCAAAAGAAAUCAGUAAUCUUUAGCUGGGUCAGACGAGGAAGAUCUGGUUUUUAUUCAGAUAUCUGAGAGAAAGUACAGUUUUACUGCGACAUUGAUUGUCAAACUUACAGGUGUUUUUCCUGAAAACCAUUAAUGCUGUUAUGCUGGAAUAUGUGCUGUACCUUCCAGUGGAAUAUGGGAUUUGACUGCUUUUAGAUUACGUCAUCAAAUGUUCUCCUUUUUGAUGCACAGAGCCUGAUAACCCUGAAGUCAAGUCUGAGGCAGAGUUACCGCACAAUGUCUGCUCUGGUGCUCAGUUAACCUAC